GCACACUAAUUCAAAAGGUUUAGAAUAAAAGACAUGAGUGUUUGGAAGAUGAAAAUGAUGGCUUUUUCCCAUUUGACAUGAAUCACAAACAGUUGGUAAUUUAUUUGAUGACAAAGGAAGAUUAAAUGAAGAAACUAAAUGCCUUAAAAUAGGUUCAUGUGGAUGAUCAAGCCGUCUAUGUCAUCCGUGGAGAGAGGUAUGAAUGUCAGUGAAAGCCAUAGAACGAGGUUUGGCUCGGGUAUAAGGCAGCUGAUACAUCCCAUCAUUAACGUCCCCUCGGAGGAUUGUUUGACUCUGAAAAGUCUUAACAUAACAAUGUUUAGGCCAUAAUUCCAUGUAAACACUAUUAUCCUGAGUUAAAUUAGAGAACCUAAGAAUAAUUUUGGUUAGUUUCGGAACUAUAAGCACAUUGGGCAAUUUGAGAUUAGGAAGAAAAGAUGAACCAACAUGAGAAAUAGACAAUUGGUUAUUGUUUCGUACUUAGAGCUUGUCAUCACCCUUGUAUUCAUCUGCUAUGUUGAGUUUGGAAUGUCAGAAGAGUCAUGAUCUGUAGCUCAUGGGUCAAAAUACCAUGAAGGGUCAAACACAAUAGAAUGAUUGUGAUGUUGAGUCAUACGGGCAUGCAGGGUUGACUUAUGGGAUUAGGUCGGCAAGAAGGAAAAUUCGUCUGAUUUCCCCUUUGCCAACAAUCGAUGGCUUUAUGACCUUGUUUGUUGCAGAUUUGACAAAACGGUCUCUUACGACGAGGAUCGGUAUUACGAGGAGCAGAUGAAGACGCCGAAGUUGGCCCAUUGAAAUUAGUAUUAGGACGAUUGUUGGAGUGAUUGACAAUGAGAGCAAUAAAUGUGGACUGAAAAGAGGCUUGUCUAAGAUAGUCAUGUUGAUUCGUGCUUCUUCUUGAAGUAAUAGACCUGUAAGAUCAUCGACAGAGAGAACUUUUAUCUUUAUCAUAAAAGCGGUUGUAAAAGCCCCAUAUAACGAAUCUAACCCAUUUAGGAGAUAGCCAAUAAGAUCUUCAUCGGCUACAUGGUGAAGAUUUUCAAUGAGAGUCUUAGCUAUCGAUCGUUUCCGUUCGAUGUAUUUAAUCAUGGUCAUGGACCCUUUGGAAAAGGAUUAGAGUUGGGCUUUUAGCUGCAUUCGACAUGCCCUAGUUUGGGCUUGAAAUGUUUUCUCCAUGGCUUGAAAUGUUUUCUCCAUGGCUUGUCAGGCCAUUUGCGAAAUAUUACAUCGAGUAACAAUAGUGAGGGAUUUUUCUGACAAGGUGGAUCGAAGCCACAAGAGAACAAAGCGAUCGCGCUUCUUCCUCAUAGUGAAGUCGGGGUUAGGAGAGGUGGUAUCCGGAGUGCUUGGAAUUGUCGGAGAAUCGAUGGUGGCAGGGGUUCCUUCGAGGCUGGAACGAUGAUGGUGGUCGGAUGUGGAGUAGGAUCGAAAACGAAAUCAUCCAAAUCGAAGGUUUCAAGAGCCGCGACAAUGGUUGUGCGCCAUAAAGAGUAGUUCUCACGGUCAAGCUUAACAAUAAUCGAAGGGAUUUUAAAGUUGAUUGUGGAGGCGGUGAUGGCUACCAUGUGAAGAAGAUGAGGGGUUCCUGUCGCCAUGGAACGAGAAACAAGAUAAGCAACAUCACCGAAGAAUUGAUGGUAAAACGCGAAGAGAAGAGGAAGGCCUCGGACACCAGGGCAAGACCGCAAGAGCAAUACUUUCAGAGAGAGAAACAAACACAUUACACACCGAUAGCCGCAACAAGAAUCACACAAUCCCAUCGCAAUUCUUUGAAUUUCUCUCAAUUUUUAUCAGAUAAGGAUCUGACAGCCGAUCGAGUUAUAAAAGUUAGGUUUUCAUGUGAAAUUCGCCGAUUGAUCAAGCAUUUGGAUCCGAUCAUCUUGAUUUUGCAGUCCUUGAGCUAA